CGGCGGCGCUGUGCGCCUGCGCUCUGGCGGCGGUGGCGGCGGUGCCCGGCAGGGAGCGGGUCCGGAGUGGGCCGCCGGCCCAAAGCUGAGUGGGGCGGCUGAGGAGUCAGGGAGCUCCCUCGCCGGGGGCCUCGGCGGCCUGAUGGAGUAAGAGGGGUCGGCUGUGAGUGUGUGACGUUGAGUGCUUCAGAUCUGGUCACUAUGGUACGAGAACGAAAAUGCAUAUUGUGCCACAUUGUGUACAGCACAAAAAAGGAGAUGGACGAACACAUGCGGAGCAUGUUGCAUCACAGGGAACUUGAGAACCUGAAGGGCAGGGACAGUAGUCAUGAGUGCCGAGUGUGCGGGGUCACAGAAGUGGGUCUUUCUGCAUAUGCAAAGCACAUUUCUGGCCAAUUGCACAAAGAUAACGUUGAUGCCCAGGAAAGAGAAGACGAUGGAAAGGGAGAAGAGGAAGAAGAUUAUUUUGACAAGGAACUCGUUCAGUUAAUAAAACAAAGGAAAGAACAAAGUCGACAAGAAGAACCUUCCACUAGCAGCCAAGAAAUAAAAUCUGAUGACAGGCGACCCCAAUGGAGACGAGAAGACCGAAUUCCUUACCAGGACAGAGAGAGCUACAGUCAGCCACCAUGGCAUCAUCGUGGACCUCCUCAGCGGGACUGGAAAUGGGAGAAAGAUGGCUUUAAUAAUACUAGGAAAAACAGCUUCCCACAUCCUUUAAGGAAUAGUGGUGGACCAAGAGGAUUUUCCGGGUGGCAUAAGGGUGUUGCAGGAGGCUCCUCAACUUGGUUUCACAACCAUAGUAAUUCUGGAGGUGGUUGGCAUUCAAAUAGUGGAAUGGUAGAUUGGAAUCAUAAUGGUACAGGAAGGAAUUCCAGUUGGCAUUCUGAAGGAACAGGUGGCUUUUCCAGUUGGCAUAUGAACAGCAGUAACGGAAACUGGAAAUCCAAUGUACGUAGUACAAAUAGCUGGAAUUACAGUGGCCCCGGAGACAAAUUUCAACCAGGCAGAAACAGAAGUUCUAACUGUCAAAUGGAAGACAUGACUAUGCUAUGGAACAAGAAGACUAAGUCAAACAAAUACAAUCAAGAGAGAUACAAUUGGCAGCGGCAAGAAAAUGACAAAGUUGGUACAGUUGCCACAUAUAGAGGUCCUUCCGAAGGAUUUACAAGUGAUAAGUUUCCUUCAGAAGGCCUGCUUGACUUCAGUUUUGAGCAGCUGGAAAGCCAAACCACUAAACAAACAGACACCAUAGCUUCCAAAAUUGGUGGGAAGAAUGGCAGUGUAGCGAGGGAGAAGCUUCGUCGCUGGACUCCUUAUCCUUCCCAGAAGACUCCGGAUUUACAAUCAGGAAUGAAAGAAGUCACUGGUAGCAAGUCAGAAAAAACAGAUAAGCCUUUAUUUAAUUUUAGCUUGACAACCACAGGAAAACAAGAGCCCCAAAUUGAUGAAGCAAAUAAUUCCCCCAUAUUGAAAACACAAAAAGAAACGCAUACUGGAUCUCUUAAUCACAAAGCCAUUCCUGACUGCACUACUUCCUGUGAGGUGGUGAAAGAAGUCCCCAUUACAGAAAAACCUGAACAAGAGCAUAACUUAAAUAAGGUGCCAUCAUUAACCAACCCCCUCCUUCCAGUUCCAAUCACCAAAUCAAUUCCUCAAAAGCAAGAGUCAAAGAAUCCCUCAAAAAACACCAAAACAAAUUCUUAUUUUCCUGGAGAAUGCUCAAAUCCCUUGAACAAACCCACUGUGGAAGAUAAUCAUGGUUCUUCUUACAUAUCCAAAUUGCGAAAUUCAUGUCCUCGUGUUUUAAAAGGGAAUAAAAGUACUUUUGGACCUCAGAGGGAAUCUGAUGAAAAUGUAAGUGAUACUUUACAAAAAGCCAAAGAGGUGCUACAGUGUCGUGAGUCAUUGCAAAAUCCGCUUCUUAGCACUCCUAAAAGGACCAGGAACUAUGCAAAAGCAAGUAGGAAUGUAGAAGAGUCUGAAAAAGGAUCUUUGAAGAUUGAAUUUCAGGUACAUGCGUUAGAAGAUGAAAGUGAUGGAGAGAUAUCUGACACAGAAAAUCAUGAAACAAAAAUUAGAGCUCUAGGUUCUGCAACUACAGAAGUUUUACCCUGCAGCACUCAUGCUGCUGAUGAUAAAAAGGGGGGUGACGAAAACCUGAAAACACCUAGAAAAUCAUCCACUUCCCCGUGUAAUUCAACAGUUCACCAGAAGGAAUCUGAGUUACAGACAACAUCUGUAGUCAGCCCACACUCUGGCUUACUGCUCGAUUUGAAAACCCCUCUAGAAGAUGCACAGGUUGAUGACCCAGUUAAAUCUCAUGUAUCUUAUGAAACAGAAGGCUUUGAGAGUACUAGCUUGGAUGCAGAGCUUCAAAAAAGCGAUACAGGUCAGCCCUCAGGCCCUCUCCUGCCUGAACUCAGUAAGCUUGGCUUUCCUGCCUCGCUCCAGAGAGAUCUAACCAGACACAUUAGCUUGAAGAGCAAAGCUGGAGCACACCUUCCUGAGCCAAACCUCAACAGUGCUCGCCGCAUUCGCAAUAUCAGUGGUCACCGAAAGGGCGAGACAGAGAAGGAAUCUGGGCUCAAGCCAACCCUUCGGCAGAUUCUAAAUGCAUCUCGGAGAAACGUCAACUGGGAACAAGUCAUUCAGCAAGUAACCAAGAAAAAGCAAGAGCUAGGCAAAGGCUUACCCAGGUUUGGCAUAGAAAUGGUGCCUCUAGUUCAAAAUGAACAAGAGGUCUUGGAUUUGGAUGGAGAGCCUGAUCUGUCUAAUCUAGAAGGAUUCCAGUGGGAAGGUGUUUCCAUUUCUUCAUCACCUGGCUUGGCAAGGAAGCGAAGCCUUUCAGAGAGCAGUGUGAUCGUGGACAGGGCUCCUUCUGUGUAUACCUUCUUCAGUGAGGAAGGUACAGGCAAAGAAAAUGAGCCACAGCAGAUUUUUUCACCUAAUAACUCGUUGAGAUCUGCGCAGAGUCAGAAAACAACCAUGGGCCUUAAGCAGGAAGUGACACCUCUGGCUGCAUCCCUGAGAACAGGUGAAAGGGCUGAAAAUGUUGCUACUAGAAGACGACAUAGUGUGCAAUUAUCAUCUGAUCGUGCAACACCUUUGAUACAUUUGACAAAAGACCUGCAUAGCCAAGAGAGCUCUACACCACCUCCAGAGAAUCACAAUGCCCAGGAGAGUAACGGAGAAGGAAAUUCUUUAUCAUCAAAUGUAUCCCCAGCCCUUGGAAUCUCCAGUUUGGCAGAUGCAGCCACAGACAGUAGCUAUACCUCUGGUGCUGAACAGAAUGACAGUCAGAGUAUUAGAAAGAAACGAAGAGCCACUGGAGAUGGAUCUUCACCUGAACUCCCAAGUCUCGAAAGAAAAAAUAAAAGAAGGAAAAUUAAAGGAAAGAAAGAACGUUCUCAAGUUGACCAGCUGCUGAAUAUUUCUUUAAGGGAGGAAGAACUAAGCAAAUCAUUGCAGUGCAUGGAUAACAAUCUUCUGCAAGCCCGUGCAGCACUUCAGACAGCUUAUGUUGAAGUUCAGAGGCUACUUAUGCUCAAGCAGCAGAUAACUAUGGAGAUGAGUGCACUGAGGACCCACAGAAUACAGAUUCUACAGGGAUUACAAGAAACAUACGAACCUUCUCAGCGCCCAGACCAGGUUCCGUGUAGCCUUACACGAGAACAAAGGAGUGUUAGAUCUCAGUCAUCUGCUGAUGCCACACUGCUGCCUGCUCCCUUUUUCCCAGUUUUUCUGGAACCUCCAUCUUCCCAUAUGUCUCCAUCAUCCACUGGAACCCCUCUCCAAGUACUCACAUCUACUUUCCAAACCCCUGGCAGCGUUCCUGCUCCAGACUCAUCAGUUCAGAUUAAACAGGAACCCAUGUCUCCUGAACAGGAUGAGGAUGUGGAUGCUGUGUCACAAGGCUCUGCUUGCAUUUUGUCCAAGGAAUUACUGCAAGCUAAUAGAGAGAUCAGUGACAGUUGUCCAGUUUAUCCAGUCAUCACUGCAGCAUUGUCCAUAUCAGAGCUAACAGAAAGGUUCCAUGAGCCUAGCCAAGAACUUAAACUUUCCAUGGAGCAAGAAAAUACCAGAAAUGGAGGGGACACCCCCCCUUCUCAGUCAGCUGGUCCCCCUAGCAUGAACAGGGAAAGUGAAGAGCCAUCCAGAGGCAACAGCGGGUCUGAAGCCUGUGCUAGUUCUUUUCCAAGAUUGUCCUUUGCUUCAGAAACCCCUUUAGAGAAAGAGCCCCACUCUGCAAAUGACCAGCCAGAACAACAGGCUGAGUCCACUCUGACAUCAGCUGAAACUAGGGGGAACAAGAAAAAGAAGAAACUUAGGAAGAAGAAAACUCUACGGGCUGCCCAUGUUCCUGAGAACAGCGACACCGAACAGGAUGUAUUUACUGCUAAACCUGUAAGGAAAGUAAAAACUGGGAAGUCUCUUAAAGGCGCGAAAGUGACAACCUCUACCUGGGAAGAUAGCAGAACUGGCCCAGAACAAGAGAGUGUCAGAGAUGAGCCCGAUAGUGACUCGUCUCUAGAAGUCCUAGAAAUUCCUAAUCCUCAGUUAGACGUGGUAGCCAUUGAUUCUUCUGAAUCUGGAGAAGAGAAACCAGACAGCCCAUCUAAAAAGGACGUUUGGAACUCCACAGAGCAAAACUCGUUAGAAGCUUCUCGCUCUGGUUGUGAUGAAGUAAGCUCUACCAGUGAGAUUGGCACUCGCUAUAAAGAUGGCAUCCCUGUAAGUGUGGCAGAAACUCAGACUGUGAUCUCCUCCAUAAAAGGAUCAAAGAAUUCUUCAGAAAUAUCUUCAGAGCCAGGAGAUGAUGAUGAGCCCACAGAAGGGAGCUUUGAGGGGCACCAAGCUGCAGUGAAUGCAAUUCAAAUAUUUGGGAACUUACUCUAUACUUGCUCAGCAGAUAAAACUGUCCGAGCUUAUAAUCUGGUGAGUCGUAAGUGCAUUGGUGUCUUUGAGGGCCAUACCUCCAAAGUGAACUGCCUCCUGGUCACCCAGACCUCUGGAAAGAAUGCUGCCCUUUACACUGGUUCCAGUGAUCACACCAUUCGCUGCUAUAAUGUUAGGACACGAGAAUGUGUGGAGCAGUUACAGCUGGAUGACCGGGUUCUCUGCCUCCACAGUAGAUGGCGAAUUCUCUAUGCAGGACUGGCAAAUGGCACUGUGGUCACCUUCAACAUAAAGAACAACAAACGACUUGAAAUCUUUGAAUGCCAUGGCCCUCGGGCUGUCAGCUGUCUUGCCACAGCUCAGGAAGGUGCCCGAAAGCUGCUGGUUGUGGGGUCUUAUGAUUGUACCAUUAGUGUACGUGAUGCACGAAACGGACUGCUCCUUAGAACUCUGGAGGGCCACAGCAAAACCAUUCUUUGCAUGAAGGUGGUGAAUGACCUUGUGUUCAGUGGCUCCAGUGAUCAGUCAGUCCAUGCCCACAACAUUCACACUGGUGAGCUUGUACGGAUCUAUAAAGGUCACAAUCAUGCAGUGACUGUGGUGAAUAUCCUAGGAAAAGUGAUGGUGACUGCCUGCCUGGAUAAAUUUGUUCGUGUCUAUGAAUUACAGUCCCAUGACCGAUUGCAAGUUUAUGGAGGACACAAAGACAUGAUUAUGUGUAUGACCAUCCAUAAAAGUAUGAUUUAUACUGGCUGUUAUGAUGGCAGUAUUCAGGCUGUGAGGCUAAAUCUGAUGCAGAAUUACCGCUGUUGGUGGCAUGGUUGCUCUCUGAUAUUUGGCGUCGUAGAUCAUUUAAAACAACAUUUGCUGACUGACCAUACAAAUCCAAACUUUCAAACUCUGAAAUGUCGCUGGAAGAACUGCGAUGCUUUUUUUACUGCUAGGAAAGGAUCCAAACAGGAUGCCACAGGACACAUUGAACGGCAUGCCGAGGAUGACAGCAAAAUUGAUUCAUGAAGUUUUUGCCUCCCAUGUUGGGAUGUCUUCAGUUGAACUGAUUUCACAUCGGCCCCUUACACAGGCCAAUCUCUUCCCUUCCCCAGUGAAGCAGGGAAGGAGAAAGUGGUUACUAGCCAGGCUGACCACUAGCAUAAGUCUGGGCAGCUCUAUGGGAUGAUAGGUUACACUUAUAAAUUCUUCCUGGAGGUUUGUCAGAUUUAAACAGAUUUUUAAGGAACUCUUUUGGGACAGCAUGGAAUAUAGUACUUUAUGCUACUAGUGUUCUCAGAGGUUUAUUAAAGAUAUAGAUCUUAAUUGGUUACCCAGUUUGACCCUAAUCAUACAUCUAUUUUAUUGAUUUCAGCUUGUGAUUUUAGUUUAGAUUCUUAUGAUGGUUUAAACCUGUAGUCAGGCUUCUAAGUACAAAUUUGUUCAAAUGCUAGAUUUUUUGGAUCAGUUUUAAUUUCUCCUUAAUAAUUGCAAUCAGUUUAUUGUAACAACUGGGUAUUUAAAUUGGAAGCAAAUAGUUUCCUUCCUUAAGAAUUAGGUACAGUGUGUUUCAAUAUUCUCCUACUUUGUGGAUGGACAGAUCUGGCUUUAAAUGCUAACGGGAUACACAGUAGAUUUUUAACAGCUAGAGUAACUGCUCUUCUGAUUAUAUUUUAGGAACUCAGACAGCAAAUCACAUAAUGACAAGUCCUUACAGACAGUACUUCCUGUUGAACUCUGCAAGUUUUGAUAGAGUGCUCCGUUCAAGGCAGUGCACAGACUUGACAUCUGCUUUGAAAAUCUGGGCACUCACUGCAGGUAUUGGCAGGCUGUUCGAACUGGAAGUGUAGCCUUUAUUUCCUUUUCUGGUUUCUGACUCUCCAAGUGGGCUGUGGGUUUGAAACCUUUUAGUUUGCUUCAUUGCCAACCCCUCUCUCUUCCCCUCUCUAGCUGUGCCUAGACUGACAGCAGCCAUCAAACACUUCCUCUGGGCUCACAGGGUGCUUUCCACCCACCCACAGUCCCCAGAUGGGGGAGUCAGGAUAAAGCAAUGAAUACAGUGUUUAAGGCCUCAGACCAAUGUCUUAACCUUCACCUCCCCACUUGCUGGGAAGGAAGUGUGAAGUAGGGUGAAGGAAAAGACCCUACCUGUCCAUUGAGAGUAGCCAAAAGAACAAAGCCUUCGUGAGGCUGCUUUGUUUUUGGAUUUUCUCUGGACUCUUAAGAGAAGCCAUAGAAGUGUUGCUUUUCAGCCUUUUGUUUCUAGAUUCUCAAAACUCUGAAAGAUUCUACAGAGAGAAAGAGAGGAGAAGGAAAAAGAGCCCAGCGCCACAUACCAAGCUUCAGAUGUGAUGCCUACUCUUUCUUAGGAUUGCAGCGCAUCCAGGUUUAUCUCCACCCCUGUUAGUGCACACACUUCUCAUAUGUCUUCACUCAGGCCCUAGGGCAGGGGACCUCGCUACAGGUUCAUGGAUAGGUUUCAAGAGAGUAUAUGAAUCCCUUGGAAUUGUAUGCAAGACUAAGAAAGUGUUCUUUUUUCCAGGAAAGGCUCCACUAGUUCUUACUGGAUCCAAAAAAAAAGAUGUUAAGAACUAGUCUUGGAGCUACAUCUAGAUAAUGAAUGGCCCCACAAGCUAUUUACUUCUGUCCUUGUGAAUGGGACUACACUAUUGAGAGUUGCAUGAUACAUGAGAGAAAACAGAGAAGAUCCUGUUACAUAAAGUUUAUUUGUGCUGUUUCUGUCUGAGAGUAAGCAGCCUUUCCCAUCUCUCACCCCCAUUUCCUGUACAGGUGACCAGAGGAGCUAAGUUGUUCCGUGGGUUUGGGAUUGGUGAUUUCUGCGUUGGCUGGGCAGCGUGCUGAGAAAGUCUUGUAUGCUCUGUUGCAUAGGUGUCCUGUCCUGCCUGAGGACAUGUCUGAAAAGAUGAGAGUGGUGGAGCCUUUGUACAGCAGGAAGGGGGUAUGUGAGGUGCUGGGCAGUCGUGGGGAACCAUUGAAUGUAUGAACAGACUGAUGGAAUCAGUAAAAAUGACUUGAGCUUAACCUUUAUAGAAUCGUGCAGUCUAUCUGCCUUUGUGCAGUUACGGAUGCUCCUUGUACGUGUAUAUGCGCGUGGGCACCUAUACUUGUAAUACUUUUCUUCGUUUCGCAAAAAUUUUCUUUGAAGCCAUGGUAAUAAUGUCUUUGUUUCAAGAAUAUGUAAAAUUCAUUUAAUAUCAGGUUAGUGUAUUGCCUUAAAUGCACUGUUCUAGCUGUCUCUUUAGAAAUAAAGGCACCGUAAGCAUCUUGGCUGCUUAUGGUUAUGUGUUACUACUUUUAAGUGUCUGGAAAGUUAACGCAGAACUUAGGCUGUUUGUAAGUCUUCUCCAGUGUCUUGACUGAGUCUGGCCCUCUGUGUCCCCUCGGAGUAGAGCAGUGGCUCAGGGAUUUUGCGGUGACUCUGGUAUUUAGUACUUAAUGAAAGAAGGAAACUGUUACAUAACCUGACAAGACACAACUCAUUUCUUGUAAGGAGCUAGAGGCCAUUUUUAGAAUGUUAUUUUUAAUUACUUGUGCCUACUUCUAACAGCUAGAAGCCAAGAAAACCGUAGCAUAUGUGUGUGCAUAUGCUAGUGUUUUAAUGGCAUUUGUUCUGAUGAAAUACCAGUCACUUCAAGUAUUAUCCUGAAGUUUUUUUUAUCAGGUUCAGAAUUUUGGCAUAGUAUUCUACUCAGUAUAAAGCAGUUAAACACAAUGAAACAAGACUCUAAGAGCAAAGAAUUACCUUGACCUGAUGUUACUUGAAUUGGAGAGAGCGUCAUUGCUACUACACUCCUGCUUUUGCAGUUUUUUUUUUCUGCCUCAGAAGACUUAGCAGUUGAGUGUUUAGCUCCUGACCUGCCUAUGUUUAUAGGCAACGUUAUUACUGAUUAAAUGAUUAUUUGCUUAACAGAGGUUUUUUGUGUUUUUUGUUUUUGUUUUUUCUUUUUGGUAGCUUAUUGAGUAGACAACUUUAUUGACUAGGUAUCUGGAUGAUUUGGUGGGAGUAGAUGUGCAACACUUAGCAGAACGGUAUGGUUUAUUUUAUGGGAGAGAAUUCAUUGGAAGGGAAAUCGAAGUAUAUUGUAGAGUGGAAUUUAAGCAGCACAUACCUUCUGGCUUGCUCAAAUAACUGCAAAUUUAUAUACACUGACUUACGAAUUUUGUUCCUGUUACCUAAAGGAAAGCUCCUAAAACUGUUAAGAAGUCUAUGCUUGCCACAUUGAUAAAAUAGUGAUUUCAUCCCUGCCCCAAAUCAUCAGGAUCCUUAGCAUUUCAGGGAAGCUGUCUAACAGAUAGGAGUAGAAGCUAUGGUCGAGAUGAUUGGGGUUAUACUGAGUUCCAUGAACAAGUGGAUGUGAAAUCCUGAUGUAAACCAAACCUGCUGCUUAUCAGACAACAGCCUCUAACCUCACCUCCAACCGCCAGGUAUGUGGCCCUGCUGGGUCACAUGGCGACUAACGUUUCCCAGAUUUGCUCUGAAUUCAAGGUAGCAGCCCAAUUAAUUGGAGGAGGAAAGAGUUAAGGAGGAGAGGCUGUGGAAGAUCUUUAUCUUGCUUAAAAGAAAUAUAUGCCCUAGAGCUGCUCCAGCACCCUUGGUGUCUGAUUUUUUUUUUAAUUAAAUGUGGAUUAGACGAAUGAAAUCUGAUGACUCUUGACUACAAAUGUUCAUAAGCAAAUAGCUUAGCCUUCUUACAUUUUGGUAUAAAGCUGUGAACUUCCUAACUUUGUAAAGCAAGAUAAAAAGCGAAUAUAAGAGGAAAAUAAAGUCCUUUUACUAAUUGUU